AUGCUGCUCCCGCACUACUACUACUACCUGUUGUACCUGCUCAGCCUCGGCUCCGUUGCUCACGCUGCAACUAGACGAUUCGCCAUCGAGCCACAAUGGGGGACGGGUGCUCCGGAUGGGUUCACAAGACCGAUGAUCUUGGUGAAUGGCACGUCGCCGGGCCCACCUCUGGUCGUGGACGAGGGCGAUGAUGUGGAGUUCUACGUGCGCAACGGACUGGAUCAGGCCACGACCAUUCAUUUUCAUGGCAUUGAGCAGCUCGACACCCCGUGGUCAGAUGGAGUAGCUGGUCUCUCCCAACGACCCAUUGAGCCCGGCGCCGAUUGGCUCUACAAAUGGACCGCCACACAAUACGGAGUAUACUGGUUCGUGGUUACUGCUGCUGCUGCUACUGAUCAUCCUUCGAAGAGCUUGCACGCUGACCAUGUCCAGUCCCAAAUCAGCGAUGGACUCUUCGGAGCCAUCUACAUCCGCCCCAGAAGCUCGCAGGAUCGACCGUUCAACUCCAUGGCGAGUGACCCUUCGUCGCUCAAUGCCCUGCUGCACGCCGAGGACAAUCCCCACUUCGUCAUGCUCUCCGACUGGCAGCAUGUCACAUCCAACGAGCUCAUGGACAUUGAAGAUCAGGCCAAUGUGGACAUUUAUUGCGCCCAGAGUCUCCUGUUCAAUGGAGUCGGCUCCGUCCAGUGUCUGUCGCGAGAGGAACAGCAAGCGGCCUUGCCGCCGCCCUUCCAGCCGCUGUACGCUUCUGGCGGACCGCUCGCCGGUCAAUGGCUCACUCCUAAUGGCUGUGCUCCAUUCAAUAAACUCACGCAGAGUCCCGGACAGUUCGACGCCAGCCGAGUUCCGCAACAGAUUGUAGGCUGCCAGCCCACACGCAACUCCCCCUACGACUUUCGCGUGAAUCCUGACGACCAAUGGGCAAGCUUCCUCCUCAUCGGCGCCGUCUCCAUUCUGGCCCCCGUGAUCUCCUUGGAUCAUCAUGACUUGUGGGUGUACGCGGUCGACGGACGUUACAUUGAGCCAUACCGCGUGCAAGGACUGCAAAUUUUCAGUGGUGAGCGCUAUUCAGUCAUGGUCCAACUGAACCAACCUCCGGCUACGUAUACGUUCCGCGCAAGUCACUUUGGCCAGAACCAGCUGUUGAGUGGCUUCGCCACGGUGACAUAUACCUCCAACGCAGUCUCCCCCAACAACGACCACGGAGGCAGCGGCAGCGGCAGCAGCCCAGCGCAUCGAGAGCGGAGAAGCGGCAUAAUCUCGCCAUCGCUGGACUUGGGCAUAUCACUCAAUAUACCAGCACUGGGAAUCUCCAUUGGCAAGGACCAAGGCCAGGAUAACGAACACGUCCAGGCCAAUGAUCAAGGCCAGGCCCAUCACCAAGGCCAGACAACAGAAGAGAUGCCAGGCUACUUUACGUAUGGUGGAUUUCCAGUCUCGCAGGAUGUCAUACAACUCAAUACGUGGAACAUUGUACCCUUUCCCAACAUUCCCCCCUCGCAAACCGUCGACGCGACACACAUUUUCAUGAUGUCCCGCUACCAGGCUCCAUGGCUCUGGACCGUCACCGGAACCGAAUCCUAUCCUUCCUUUCCCACCGAGUACGCCGAGGACGACCCAAUGCUCUACAACCCCCACAGUGUCGAAGCCACGAAUCGCGAUCUCGUUGUCCGUACCCAGAAUGACACCUGGGUCGAUCUCGUCUUGGCCGUCACCGACGCCUUUGGCCCACCGCAUCCCAUGCACAAACACAGCAAUAAAAUGUACAUCAUCGGCCAAGGCACCGGCAACUGGACCUGGAAUAGCGUUGCAGAAGCGGCUGCUGCACAACCUCAGAACUUCAACUUUUACACGCCGCAAUUUCGAGAUGGCGCCGCCACGGCCCCUUCGGCCGGUCAGCCUGUAUGGAUGGUCGCGCGCUAUCACGUCGUCAAUCCUGGUGCGUUCUUGCUGCAUUGCCAUAUCCAAACUCAUCUGGCCGGCGGAAUGGCAGUGGCUUUACUCGAUGGCGUGGAAGAUUUCCCUCCGAUACCGCAGGAAUAUCGAAUUGAUGGGAAUGGAAUGAAGCGAUGA